GGAUCCACUCCUCUGUUGUGGAAGGUGUCGGACAUGAAAAGGGGCAGAUCUGUGGGUGUGAUCGGGGCUCUGGUGGGCUCUCUGGCCCGUCAGCCUCGGCAGAACGUGCGGCUGGGCAGACCGCUGGAGCUCCUGCAGGAGGAGGCGCUGCUGCUGGAGGAGACGAGCACUGCUGCUUCACUGCAACCUCAGGAUCGUGGAGAUGAGGAGAGGCAUUCGGAGGCGGUGAGACAGUAUGAGGCCGGUCUGGAGAGCAGUUAUAAGGAGCAGUGUGCUCUGGCCCUUGAGGACAAGAAGACAGUGCUGAGGAGAAUCAUGAAUGAGAAGGAGAAUG